CAACGUCUUUGAAUAAAGUGAAAAUGGAGAAAGAAGACUGCAAAAACAUUAUUUAUGGCGGUGAUCCUUCAGAAAACGGUUCGAUUACAGAUGGAUGUGCAUCCUUAGGUGAAAUAAUUCUCAAAAGAUUACAAGCUGGUGGAGAUUUCAAUUCAAUUAUCAAUGCAACAACUAAAGAAACUUGGAAAUUCAGUGACGUUUUAAAGAAAAGCAUGUCCAUAUCCAGAACACUUCACAAUUUUGGUCUUCAACGAAAUGACGUCAUUUCAAUUGUUUCAGAAAAUCGUCAUGAAUUUUCUGCAAUUGCUUUCGGUGCAAUAUUUUUAAGCGUAAUUGUUGCACCGAUUAAUGUUACAUACACUGAGAGAGAGCUUCUACACACACUUGACUUGUCUAAACCCAAAAUUGUUUUCGUUUCGCCUUUCGCUGCAACGAAAGUCGUUUCUGUAUGCAAAAAACUUAAUUACGUUAAGAAUGUUGUGAUCAUUGAGGACGAUCAAAGUCAAACCGAUAAUUUCACUCUUUCUUUAAAUGAAAUGAUUAAGAAAUAUGAAAAGAUUUCUUUUAACGUUGACGAUCAUGUUCGAAGAAAAGUUGACAUCAACACGCAAGUUGCUUUAAUCUUCUGUUCAUCUGGUACGACUGGUCUGCCGAAAGGUGUUGAAAUAACUCAGAAAAAUGCAAUGUCUUGUCUUCAAACAUAUCGAGGAUUUUUGAAAUUUUUCAGAGCUUCCCAUCAGUUGUCUCCAAUUGUCAUUAACAUCGCUCCAUGGUUUCAUGUCUUGGGAUUCAUUUCCAUGUUUAUGUUGUCAUGUACGCCUGAUGCACUGUUCAUAUUUUUGACAAAAUUUGAUGAAAACGUUUUCUACAAAUCAAUAGAAGAUUACAAAGUAAACUUUCUUAUUGUUGUUCCACCAAUCAUGCUUCUGAUGGCGAAAAGUCCUUUAUUCGAUAAAUAUAAUCUUUCAAGUGUGAAGAUUUCUUCUGAACUUUUAAGAAUUUUGAUCAGUCUGGUUGACAUUUUAAUGAUGUAUUUAAUCCUAGAUAUCUCAAGUGGCGCAGCACCAUUAAGCAAAGAAGUUGAAAAUCAAGUUCUUGAGAGAUUCAAAGGCAAAGUCAAAAUCCGUCAAGGGUAUGGAAUGUCUGAAGCUACUUAUGGUGUUAUUGGGGUUGUGGAAACUUCCAAGCCUGGUUCUAUUGGAAUGCCUUAUAAGGGAGUUUAUGUGAAAGUUAUUGAUGAGAAUGGAAGAGCUUUGGGGCCGAAUCAACCUGGCGAACUUUGCUUCAAAGGUGAUAGAAUUAUGAAGGGCUACAUCAAUAAUAGGAAAGCUACAAAUGAGGCGAUCGAUAGCGACGGUUGGUUGCGUUCUGGUGACAUUGGAUAUUAUGACGAAGAUCAAAUGUUCUUCAUUGUUGAUCGAUUGAAAGAGUUGAUCAAAUAUAAAGCUUUUCAAGUUCCACCAGCCGAGAUUGAAGGUUUGCUUCUAUCAAAUCCGAAAAUCAAAGAUGUUGGAGUGAUUGGAAUUCCUGAUGAAGAAUCAGGUGAACUUCCAUUCGCUUUUGUUGUCAAACAACCUGGAGAAACUCUCACGGAACAAGAGGUCAUUGAUUUUGUAGCUGAAAAUGCUAGCAAAGCAAAAUGGCUUCGUGGUGGAGCGAAAUUCAUCGAUGCAAUCCCAAAAAAUCCAAGUGGAAAAAUCUUACGACGAGAAAUGAGAGAAAUAUUCAGUUGGUUUUGGGGUCUCAUACAAACAAGUCAGGUUCUUAUUUCUGAAAAACAAAAUCAAAUCAUGGAAAGUGAGAGUGAUUCUAACAUAAUUUAUGGAGGUGAUCCCGAAAUAUUUGGAUCUUUGACACAAGGUUGCGGUAGUCUUGGAGAACUUAUCUUGACAGGCUUACAGAAAAGUGGAAAUAAAAUUUCAAUUAUUAAUGGAGCUACACAUAAGAUGUGGACAUCUCGUGACAUUCUCGAGCACAGUAAAAUAAUGUCGAGAACACUUUAUGGGCUGGGAAUCAGACAAAACGACGUCAUAUCAAUUAUUUCCGAAAAUCGUCAUGAAUUUACUUCAAUUGCUUUCGGUGCUAUCUUUUUGAAUGCAAUCGUCGCUCCAAUUAAUGUCGUUUAUACUGAACGUGAAUUAAAGCAUACACUUGACUUGUCUAAACCCAAAAUUGUUUUCGUUUCGCCUUUCGCUGCAACGAAAGUCGUUUCUGUAUGCAAAAAACUUAAUUACGUUAAGAAUGUUGUGAUCAUUGAAGACGAUCAAAGUCAAACCGAUAAUUUCACUCUUUCCUUAAAUGAAAUGAUUAAGAAAUAUGAAAAGAUUUCUUUUAACGUUGACGAUCAUGUUCGAAGAAAAGUUGACAUCAACACGCAAGUUGCUCUGAUCUUCUGUUCAUCUGGUACGACUGGUCUGCCGAAGGGUGUUGAAACAACACAGAGAAAUGCAAUGUCAUGUCUUCAAUCUCAUCAUGGUUUUAUGAUGUUCUAUGAAGCUAAUUAUAACAUUCCACCAGUUGCCAUCAAUGUUGCUCCAUGGUUUCAUGUUCUAGGCUUCAUUUCAAUGUUUAUGGUUGCAUGUUCAGAUAAAGGAACUUUUGUGUUUCUUGCAAGAUUUGACGAAGAAACUUUUUAUAAAGCCAUUGAGACGCACGAAGUGAACUUUCUUGUGUUGGUUCCACCAAUUAUGCUGCUAUUAGCGAAAAGUCCUUUACUUGAUAAAUAUAAUUUGUCAUGUGUGAAAAAUAUUUCAUGUGGUGCAGCACCAUUAAGCAAAGAAGUUGAAGAUCAAGUUCUUGAGAGAUUUAAGGGUCAAGUGGUGAUUCGACAAGGGUAUGGAAUGUCUGAGUCAACCUAUGGUACAAUUGGAGUUAUUGACAGAUUUAAGGCAGGCUCAGUUGGUGAAGUGAUUAAAGGAGUUUAUGUGAAAGUUAUUGAUGAGAAUGGAAGAGCUUUGGGGCCAAAUCAACCUGGCGAACUUUGCUUCAAAGGUGAUAGAAUUAUGAAGGGCUACAUCAAUAAUAGGAAAGCUACAAAUGAGGCGAUCGAUAGCGACGGUUGGUUGCGUUCUGGUGACAUUGGAUAUUAUGACGAAGAUAAAAUGUUCUUCAUUGUUGAUCGAUUGAAAGAGUUGAUCAAAUACAAAGCUUUUCAAGUUCCACCAGCCGAGAUUGAAGGUUUGCUUCUAUCAAAUCCGAAAAUCAAAGAUGUUGGAGUGAUUGGAAUUCCUGAUGAAGAAUCAGGUGAACUUCCAUUCGCUUUUGUUGUCAAACAACCUGGAGAAACUCUCACGGAACAAGAGGUCAUUGAUUUUGUAGCUGAGAAUGCAAGCAAAGCAAAAUGGCUUCGUGGUGGAGCGAAAUUCAUCGAUGCAAUCCCAAAAAAUCCAAUUUCUCUUACUCAUUUGCGCUGUAAACAACUCAGAGUUUCUUUUGAAAUGGAUGUUAAAAGUGAUCCGAAUAUAAUUUAUGGCGGAGAUAUAGAAAUUCCCGAAGACGAAGAAGAGAUUGAUUAUGCUUCUCUUGGAGAUCAAAUUGUUUCCGAUUUCAAACUUGGAUUUAACAGAACAUCAUUUAUCAAUGGCGUAACAAAUGAAAUUUGGACUUUUCGUGAUCAACUUGAGCAAAGCACAAUCAUAGCUCGAACUCUCUUUGGUGCAGGUUUUCGUCAAAACGAUGUGAUUUCAAUUAUAUCUGAGAAUCGUCAUGAAUUUCCUGCCAUUGCUUUCGGUGCCUUUUAUUUAAACGCAAUUGUUGCGCCUUUGAACACAACAUACACAGAACGUGAACUAAAACAUGCUCUCCAAUUGUCGAAACCAAAGUUCGUAUUCGUAUCACCUUUUGCCGCUAAACGAGUGAUUGCAGCCUGUAGGAAAUUAAAAUUCGUGAAGAAUGUGAUUCUUAUUGGCGAUGGAGUCAAGGGUGACAGUUUCGCAAUUCCCCUUAAAGAUCUCAUCAGGAAGUAUGAAAAGAUCGAUUUUAAAGUUGAAGAUUUCACGACCAAAAAGAUGAACACGAGAGAACAAAUUGCUUUAAUUGUUUGUUCAUCAGGAACGACUGGAAUGCCCAAAGGUGUUUCAAUCACACAACAAAACAUGAUGACAACAUUUAGAAUCUAUCGAGAAGCAUUUAAACUCGGAAAAAUGAUUAACCCCGAUGGAACUAUUGUGUUAAAUGUUGCCCCAUGGUUUCAUGCAAUGGGCUUCGUUUCGAUGUUUCUUGUAGCAUGUUCAAGGGAAACAGUUUUCAUUUUUCUCCCUAAAUUUGAAGAAGAACGUUUUCUACAAGUCAUUGAGAAAUACAAAAUCAACACUUUGACUGUCGUGCCACCAGUUUGUGUCUUUCUGGCUAAAAGUCCACUAGUUGACAAAUAUGACAUUUCAAGUGUUAAAGUGAUUGGAUGUGGAGCAGCAGCACUUUCUAAAGAAGUCGAUGAAAAGGUUUGCGAAAGAUUAAAUGUUGUAAUUCGUCAAGGAUAUGGCAUGUCGGAAACAACAAUGGGAACUAUGGGUACGAAUGCUUUAGUUAAACCUGGAUCGGUUGGUCAAGCAUUAAAAGGAGUUUAUGUGAAAGUUAUUGAUGAGAAUGGAAAAACUUUGGGACCAAAUCAACCUGGCGAACUUUGCUUCAAAGGAGAUGUUUUGAUGAAAGGCUAUGUGGAUGAUCCGAAAGCAACCAGUCAGACAAUCGAUAGCGACGGUUGGUUGCAUUCUGGUGACAUUGGAUAUUAUGACGAAGAUCAAAUGUUUUAUAUCGUUGAUCGAUUAAAAGAGUUGAUCAAAUACAAAGCUUCACAAGUUCCACCAGCUGAGAUUGAAGGUUUGCUUCUAUCAAAUCCGAAAAUCAAAGAUGUUGGAGUGAUUGGAAUUCCUGAUGAAGAAUCAGGUGAACUUCCAUUCGCUUUUGUUGUCAAACAACCUGGAGAAACUCUCACGGAACAAGAGGUCAUUGAUUUUGUAGCUGAGAAUGCAAGCAAAGCAAAAUGGCUUCGUGGUGGUGUGAAAUUCAUCGAUAAUAUUCCAAGAAAUCCAAGUGGAAAACUCUUACGACGAGAAAUGCGUUUAAUGUACAAAAAUUCGAAAUCAAAAUUGUAAAAAUUGACGAUUCAAAUUUGUAUAAGGUGUUGGGAAUGAAUUUUAUUAUAAAGAUUUCUUAUCAAAACAUUUAUGUUUUAAUUUUCUUUUUCUUGGGCUUGAGAGGCACAGGAACUUUAAAUACAGUCGAACACGUUGUGCAGAUUGGAGAAAACUUGCAAAAUAUGGAUAAACAAACGGAACAGACGAAACCAAUGUCAAUCAGCUCUCGAUGGCAAAAACAAGCAGC